AUGCGGUUACUGAUUGAGUCGGUGGGCCAGCCCCUCGUCUGCAUUUCGGGUGUUCGCUGGGCGCCUCUUCUCUGGCGUCGACCCAUGCCCGCUUCUCUCCCGAAAGCUGCCGCUGCAGAUCACUUGGAGAAAAUGCUCGCGAGGGGUAUCGUGGCUUCUGGCUUCACCGGAUCGAUGAAGCCUGGUGCUGUGGUAGAAGGUUUACUGACUUCCUUUGUUGUUGAUGAAGUCAGUGGCAUCAUUAAAGAGGCCAUAGAAAGUGCGAUAGGUGGCAAUGCCUACCAGCACAGCAAAGUGAACCAGUGGACAACAAGUGUGGUGGAACAAACGCUGAGCCAACUCACAAAGCUGGGGAAGCCUUUCAAGUAUAUUGUGACCUGUGUGAUUAUGCAAAAGAAUGGUGCUGGGCUACAUACAGCAAGCUCUUGCUUCUGGGACAACUCCAGCGAUGGAACCUGCACUGUGAGAUGGGAGAAUAAGACUAUGUAUUGUAUUGUCAGUGCCUUUGGACUUGCAAUAUAAUUGCCUUGAAAUCAUCCUUCUCUUUUCUACUCCAGCACUUGAUUCCAUCUCUACUCAAACUGUGAAUACACUGAAGAACUUCUGGUUUUAAUGUACUUUUUAAGUCACUUUUUUUCUCAAACUUAGAAAUGUGAAAACAUGCUGUUAUAUGGUUUAUGUUUGUACUUAGUAUUGUACCAGUGUUGCCAUACUGUCUUAACACUUCAAGAACUUCUCUUCAAGGUGCUAAUACUGAAAUCUGCUGCAGUGUAAACACUUUCUCUACAUUUCUUUUUUAAGACCAAUAUAAAUGAGACACUGACUUUCACACUUUGUACUCUUGGUUAGCAUUAAAUUAUUUGAAUUCAUAA